CGGUGGGAGCGCUCCGGGCCGAGGCUGCCGGGGCCGGGCCUCGCGGGGACUCCGCGCCGGAGCGCCCCGGUGGCCUCCGUGAGACCCCGCGGCUCCGCCGGAGCUGGGUCGGCUGCAGGAACGGCGUCGGCGACCAGCCGUGGGGCAGAGCCGGUGACCUUGACCUGCUCUAGAAUUUAAUGUAAAUUCUUAUUGGUGACAGUUAGAGAAGAUAACAAAAUCCCCUGUGUUUUGCGUGGUCUUCUGCUACAAGUGUUUGCAGCGUGGGUCCGCCCGCCUGCCCUUUUCUCACCUGUGCUCGGUGCGUGGCUGGAGGUGUGAUACAGGCUCACGCUGUACAGCGCUGGCUGGAGCAGCGACACAGAGCUGCCUUUGUCUUAUGUACUCACUGCCUGCAUCAUCAAGGAUUGCGAGCUCAGUCAGAAGUUUCUGGAGAGGUUUUCAAAAGUCCACCAGGCUUUGGUGUUUUCUGUGCGUUCCCAGAGGAACAGGGUAUUCUUGGCUUGGUCACAGUAACACUGAAACCCGACAGGCCGGGCGUCAGGAGGUGUGCAGCUGCUCGGGCUAAAGCUUGGGUUUCUCCAUCUUGUGUUUUAUUUUAACUGUGUGAGAACAUGCUCACCUGUACUUUAGGGAGUCUGCGUGUUGUGUGGUAGGUCGACUGUGUCAUCCCUGUCACUGUUAGCUGAGAUGGCCUUACCUACUAGAUGAAAGCUAAGCCUGAGCUUCUGGAGGUGUGAAAUGAAGCACACGUCUCACUCUCAUACUGUGUGCUGCCCUGACAAAGCAAAUCCCAGGCUCAAGGGUGCCUGUAGUCCCCAGGUUCGUAUCUGUGCCAAGAUAGAAAUAACAGAACUGAAUGUCACUUAUGUUUUGCUGCCCUGAUGCAAGGUCAUCUGUGUAUGGAAACACUCUUCACAGAUGUGCGUCCAUAGUUAGAAGUGCUGUGAAGCAAUACAGGGUCUCAGUUUUGCUCAUACUGUGACUUCAGUUCCUGUUUCCAUCCUGUUCAGUCUCAAUGUGUAGAUUUUGUGGCUGAUGCUGGGCAGGUGUCUCUUAUGGGAGCCUGGGCAUGGGGGUGAUUCCAGACGUGCCUUCGAUGGGGGCAAAACGUGACACUGAAGUUCUGCCCGUUUGUGAUGGUGGCCUUCAGGGCCCUGACCCCUCAGUUGCACUGUGUGCUCCUGUUUUUCUGAAACUGUGUCCUAUUCCAUGAACAGAAAUAGAAAGUUGGCUGGGGCUUUGUCCUGUUCCCGGACGUGGUGGAGGCCCAGGGGAGCGGGGCGGUGUGACUCCGGAGCAGAGCCUUGUGCCAGCAGUAUCCCCGCCUUUGCAGAGGGAUGGAGUGACAGGCCGAGCAGACGGGCAAGGGUUUAAGCAGAGUGUCUGCUUUGGUUUGAUGGGACCACUUCCCAUAGACUGCAGGGCCUCAGCAAGCUAGUUGAUAAUUUUUUUCCCAGUUUUGCCUUAGCUCAUACUUUUCUGCCUGUGGGAAGAGCAAGUCAGUGUCAAAGUGCAGGGCUUGUAGUUGGAGGAAGAAACAAUAAGACCAUUCUCCCUCCAAGUCCUGACUAUUUAACUUCAGAGCUUGACCUGCUGUGCUGGCAGCAUGAUGUUUCUGUAGCAAAUACAUCCAAAGGCCUGAUCUGAUCAUGUACCCACCAGCUCUUUAACUUGUUGAACUUGAAAAGGAAUAAGGAGAGCAAAAUAUGCUCUAGAAACUCACAAUAAUGCAUUCAUUUCUGAAGGCAUGUUCUUGUGUGUAUGUGUCCUAGCCAAAGCCCAGCAGUGUGUGUGGUCAGUCACCUCAGUGGAGCCAGCAGAAAAGUAUGCCUGGGAUAAACUAAUAAAGGCAGAUGAACUAGCAAGAAAAUGGGAGAGAGCAAGUGAAGAGGAUGUAAACAGACAAACUUGGGGGUGGUGGGAGAAGGGGAGGUGUGUGUGACUGUGGACGUGGGCUGUAGCACAGCCUGGCAGAGUCCUUGAAGGCCUCUCCUACACCCUGGGACCCCAUGCCUCCUGCCCCGUGGUACGGCCGGUUCAAGGGGGCGGGAAGCAUUUGGGAUGGAGCCAGCAGGCGAGGCUGCUUGCCAAGAGUGCAUCUUAUGCGUCUCAUCCUGCAGCCAUCCUAAGCAGCUCUGCUGCAUGCUGCUUGGGGCUGGUGCUGGUAGUGUGCAUGGACACUUUCUCUGGUGGAGGCACAUCCUUUCCCUGCUAGCUUUGUCCAAGCGGCCCCACAGUGUUUUGAAACUUCUUCCUGCCCCAGAGCUCGCAUCCGGCUGCCAGGGCAUGCUGAAGACUGGAUGUGGCCCCACAGCUCAGAACGACCUCCAGGGAGCAUGCUCCCAACUAAUGGGAAAAAUGUUCUUACUGUUUUGGGCUGUUCCCAGAAUAACCUUGCAGCGAGCAGUGCGCACAGGCCCUCGAGCAGAGCCCAGCACACACAGCUUAGUGCGGGUGGGGAUGGGCUGUCUGGUGGGCUGGGUGGUCAGCCAUGGUGAUGGUAGGGGGGCGUACAGGUCAAACUCACCUUGUUUAAAGAGAACUUCAUUAAAAUAACAAGCUGCCUAAUAGGAGUAUUUAUAGAAUCCUGCUCCUUAAUUUAAUCUCAUCUUUCACUGUUUGUUUGUUUUUGUUGUUUUUUUAAGUUUAAAGGCAUGAUAGAAAAGAAACCAAACUUUGGCGCCCUGGGGGAGAAGUGCACUGCAACUAAUCAUCUGUGUGAUUGCCGAGCCAGAGACUCCCCUCUGACCUGCACAGAGUUCACAAAAAUAUUUAUCCCAGUGUGCAAACUGAUUGGUGCUGCUCCAUAUCUGUUCCAGAUGCAUCCUCAGUGCCACCCGCGUGGUGGGAGGCUGGCCUGGUGUGGCAGAGCCUGCCCGUGCUGUGGUGGCCCCAGCAGGUUUGCUGUCUGGGCAGGUGCUCUGUCCACUGUCCCUGCCGGCUGUGGGCACGGGCUGUGGUCUGAGCACCAGGCAGAGGAAGGUGCUGGGCUCGCUGGGUGCAGGCAGCUCGGCCGGCCCUCACUGCAGCGGGUGCUGCUGGGGGCCCUUUGCCGGUGCCACGGCACUGUCACCCUGUGGCUUCCACCCUGGUGAGGCGGAAAGCCCCGCGCCCAGCGCUGCCACCACAGAGGGCUUUGUGUGAGCUGUCACAAAGUGAGGAUUGAUGCCGUUUCCCCUCCCCCUUCUGUGCUGAGUGGAGCCGAAAAUGGCUCCCACAAAGGUGCCCUUCUUCACUGAGGAUGAGGUGCCAGCAGGCAGAGGGGGCUGCUCUGCAGCACCGUGCUGUUGGUAGGGCCACCCACCAGCCUUUCCGCACUGGUGCCAUGGAUGCCCAGGGCCCUGUCCUCAGCCUUGCGCGGGCUGACCCGACUGCUGCUUGUGUUCCUGCCAGGGCAGCUGGGACUCCCUGCAGCAGGCCCCACGAUGGUGAGAUGGGGCCUGGGCAGCAUUCAGCAGUAGGUCCCUGGCCCACAUUAGCCUCAUUCAUGCCAUCACUGCUGGGAACGAGGAGGCAAUGCCGGGGCUCUGCCUGCAUGAGCUCUCCCAGGGCCUGAGAGGGUGGUACACAGACCCUCUGCUUCCCUCCCCGAGGUGACAUGUCUGUGCCAUCCGGCUACCCCUGCUCCCCUGCCUUUGUGGAGCAAGCCGGCACUUCAUCAGGGUGGGUUUGGUGGAGGCUGGGGAAGCACAUCUGCUUCCCUGCAAUGUAGCUGCAGCUGUGUUGGAACCUGCUCUGCGGUGUUCUUAGCAUGCUGGGGAAUAUCGUCACUUACCUGAAUUUUGCUUCAAAAUGGCCUAAGAGAAACUUGCAUCAGCAUUCAUUAUCUCCCAGCUCCUCCCGAUGUGUAGUAACAAGUCAUCGUGCUAUUGAGAGUGGCUUGGAAAAGUUUCAGAAAACGUGCAUGAAGAACAGAUUGUAAUCUCUGUUAAAUUAAUAUGUGUUUGUUCCAUGCUGCACGUUUUAGGCAAUGGCCUCUGGAUUAUUUGCACGGUAUCCGGAUGAGCCGGUGGGGCAGCGCAGGCAGCAGUGUGGGGUCUGUUGGGGCUGUGCCAGUGCCUCCAGCGUUCCUGCAGUGGGGUCCUGUGCUCCUUGCCUGCCCUGAGGACAGGGAGCCUGCUGGGAGAGGAGGGUGAACCCCUGCAGCUCAGGCUGUGCUUCCUGUCAUGCUUUGGAGCCUUGGGCUGUGUCGGGGACAAAGAAGGUUUGCUUUGCUCUGUGUAUGCUGGAUGGGUGUCCAGGUGCCAAAGCAGAGCUCUCCUCUCUGUUUGGUUCAGCAGUAGUGUUUGCACCAUUACUGGUCACUAGUGUCUGUUGUUUUGGACUUCUCACGUAGACUGGCUGUUCAUGUGACAUUGUUAUUAUUUACAUAGGGCCCAGACUUGCUCUUUCUUAUUGCCUGCAGCACGAUGUUUGCUCAGACUGGGCACUGUGAAGUGUAAACCCAGGUCCCACUGGCACCAGCACUCACCUCUGCCUUUUCUAGAAGCAGUAAGUAACCAGCCUUCUACAUGGCCCAGAAACGCUGGGGUUUGAUUGCUCUGAUGAGGGAAUUGAAUUAGGCAGUGCUGGUUCACGGCUUGUCUGGCUGCGCAGCAGUGAUGCUUGUUUACUCAAAGCACUGCCCUUUUAUCUCAGGGUGCGUGGGGGGCGGUUUCCUGGGGCAUUCCUGUCUGAAAGCCAGAGAAGACUUGCCCUAACUGGCUGCCUCUGCAGGAGACCACAUGCUGAGGCAGUGGCACCUUUUCCCAUCCUCCUCCUCAGCGACUUGUUUCAGCACCUCUCUUGUCCUCUCCUCCUGCUUCCUGCAACAGCAUCUCUCCGAAAUUGGUUGGUCUUAUCUGCUUUUGUCCCCUUUGCAUAUCUCCCUUCCCUGACGUUCUUGGUGAUGUGUCCCUUUUGGAAGAUGCUCAGGCCUCCUCAAGGCCUCUGUCUGCUUUGCACCAGCCCACCCUGUGCUUCCUCUGUGUUUCCUGGUGUCGAAGCUCCCCGCGGCCACUGCGGUUCUGCAUCCAGCGCCAGAGACAUCUGUGCUGCUCUGUGAAAAUGGUCUGGCUCUGGGGAGUGUGAUGGGACAGAAGACUUGUGGGGGAACCCACAGCAUGUCUUAACACCCGUAGUGGAUGAAAAGCCUCCCUCUGAAGCCAUUAGGAGCAGAAUUCUUUCUGCUUAAAAUGACAGAGCUGCUUCAACCAGCCCGCCUUGGGGUUGAAAUUUGUUCUCUGCUUGGGAGGGAAGGUAUUGGGUUUUCCCAUCAUUGCUAGAUGGAGACCAGCCCAUGGAAGCAACAAAAUGAGUCUCAGAGGCUGCCAGCCCAAAUCCCAAAACUAUUUGGCAUUGCACAAACGUACCCUCUUAUCAAAAGCAAAUGGAAGUGCAGAAGGUGUGUCUGGCCUAAUCCUGUGUUCACCUUGGCCGUCUGGUGUGUCAGCACAGGCACUGUGGCAUGCAUGUGGGCUGUUGGUGCUCUGCCAGGGUGUGCUGCCCAGCAGCCCUUUAAUUCUGCUCCUUUCUUCCAGAAUCAGUCCAUAAUGCCUGAGGUGCGAGACCUCUCUGAUGCCUUGCCCGAGCUGCCGAUGGAUCCCAUCACAGGUGUUGGUGUGGUCGCAUCCCGGAGCCGAGCACCGACUGGAUAUGAUGUAGUUGCACAAACAGCAGAUGGCUUGGAUGCUGACCUCUGGAAAGAUGGUUUAUUUAAAUCCAAGGUCACACGGUACCUGUGCUUCACCAGAUCAUUUUCAAAAGAAAAUAGUCAUUUAGGCAACGUCUUGGUUGAUAUGAAGCUCAUUGAUAUCAAGGACACUUUACCUGUGGGCUUCAUUCCCAUCCAGGAGACCAUCGAUACACAAGAAAUAGCUUUCAGAAAGAAGAGACUGUGUAUUAAAUUCAUCCCUCGAGAUUCUACAGAGGCAGCCAUCUGUGAUAUCCGAAUCCUGGGAAGAUCUAAACAGGCCCCUCCUCAGUACACAUUCAUAGGGGAGUUGAACAGCAUGGGCAUUUGGUACCGGAUGGGCAGAGUGCCACGCAACCACGACCCCGCUCAGCCUGCGGCUCCUCCUGCCCCAGCACCGGCUUCGACCCCUGCUCCCAACCUGCCCAGGCAUAUCUCGCUGACACUCCCGGCCAGCUUUCGGGGCAAGAGUCACAGCACCCGCCUGGACCUGGAGCACCAGCACUCCAACCUGUAUGCAAUCUCAGCAAUGGAUGGAGUGCCUUUUAUGAUUUCGGAGAAGUUUGCCUGUGCUCCUGAAGGGAUGCAGCCAGUUGAUCUCUUGGGCAUCACAAUCAAAACCCUUGCAGAAAUUGAAAAGGAGUACGACUACAGCUUCCGGACGGAGCAGAGCGCGGCGGCCCGGCUGCCACCCAGCCCCACCCGCUGCCCGCCGGUCCCGCCAUCCUGAGGGGCCAUCGGCCGGAGCAGGCGUGUGCGUGCAUACUACUGAGCGGGACACAGGACACAGGACACAGUGCUGGGACCGUCCUGGCACACCUCCGUGCACCCGGCCACCACCGCCACCCUGCGCUGCACCACCCCCUGCACACACCGCUCCACGCGUUGGGACCCCCUUCGGCAGCUGCACCCCACACACUGCUGCAGACCCCUCUCCAUGUGAGUACAGGACUGGGAGCCUUGGUCAUCCCCACUUUGUAACUCUGCUGCAGGACAGUCACAGAAUCCAGAGCUGUAGCAAACCCCUGCAAACACAGCUGGGAGCUCGCAGACCAUCCAGAACUCUCAGCCCUGAAAGGAACAGUGAAAGGCACGGCUGGGUAAUGCUGCCCAAGCUGCUGUGGAGCUGGUCGGCUCUCUAUGCCUUGCGGCAGGAGGUCCCUGCGGCGCUCGGUCCAGUGGCAGCACUGAGCUGCAGCAGAUGCCCCAUCCCUCUGCCAAGGUCUGGGCACAGCAGUUCUGCCACAGCCAGGAUCAGCCCCCCCAUACACCCACUAUAGUCACUGGAUUUGCUGUAGCUGGGGGAGCUGGGGCCGCUGGCUCAUGCCUGUCUUGGACUCUCCCUGGGCACCGGCAGGGCAGGGCAGGGCGGGCAGAGCGCCAAGGUGAAGCACCUCUGCUUUGCACAGGGUGUCCAUGUGUCCAUCCGGAUCUAGACCAACAAACUCCUGUGUUUCUUUCCAUCUGGAUGCUGGCAGCACCACACUGGCAGACCCUGGCAGCACCCUGCUGACCCGGCCAAGCUGCCUCUGGAGCCAGGACCCUGCUGACAACUGGGAUGCCAUCACCUGCCCGUCACUCGAGACAGUUCUCUAAUGUGCCCCGCUAGCUGCUAAAAUAAAAGAGAUGUGCCUGUUCCCUGGGCACUCCCAGGGAAGCACUGAACUCUGACGUGGCGCAGGAUGAGAGUGGGAUGCAUUAAACCCUGACCUGAGCCCCCUGUGAUCGCUGACCUGGGCUCACUCCUGAGCCAAAUGCAUGUCUUGGAGAAGUCUGUUGCUGUAAUAAGUUAUUUACAAGUGCCCAUGUGACUCCAUGCUGCUCUUUCAAGUCUCUGCUGUAAAACAAAGCUACAUCAUGGCAGCAAAAUGGCAAUUUUUGAGUAAGUGUUAAAACAUACAAUUUUUUAUAUUGUAAAAUAGUGAUUUCCUGACCCCACUGAAAUGCAAUUGCCAUGGUAACAGUAACAGUGUUGUCUCUCAGCCUGGGUCAUAUGUGCACCCGGACCCGCUUUGCACUGCCUUGGAUUGAUCUGGCAUUUGCUAGUUGCACAGAAUGGUGACUGUCUGUGCAGGUUUUGUACUGUCAGCUUCUAUUUUUUAUUUGUACAUAUGUAAAAUAUUUCUUGUCCAAAGAUUCAUUUCUGGUUUUAAGGCACCGCACCGUACUGCUGGGAUAAUGAGCACAAAAUACUGUAACAUUCAAGACAAACUGAGUCCAGAUCUUUGCUUCAGCUGCUUCCAAUCAGGUAAAUAAUUUUCUGGAGCUGCCUCUGUAGAGCAGCCAUGUGGUUGGAGAGCAGAGGCCAGUUUGGUUGCAGGUGUGUUAGUUUUGGGCAAAAGAGUUAAGGCUGUGCCAUUUGCACCAGCUCUGGAGCCUCGCGUGACCCCCUGGAAGUGCUCGUUUACUUGGAGGUUGCAGCAACAUUUUUAGUUGUUAUUUAUCCUGCCGGAAAGAAAAGCCAGACCUCACUGCCAGGCUUCACAAAGGCCAGAUUGAUGAUGCCGACAUCGACAAAUGAACAUACCAUGGCAGCCUGGUCAUUCGGCUCAGGUUCACUUGAAGUUCAAAUCCACUCCACGCUGUAGUGCUGUACCCAUCUCAUCCAUCUCUUGUCUGUCUGUUUUUCUGCUUGUAAUUUGUUCUGUAGUUUUCUGUGACAUCCAUUUAUAGCUUCUCCUGUGGCUCAGUGGUCACGGCAGGUAGGCAGGACCUGUCUGCAGCCGUGCAUUCCUCAUAGCUUUGGGAUGAGAGCUGACCUUCCCCAUUCCCAGUGGAGGAGUGAGGGCUGCAGGCGGCACAGAGCAGCCAGCACAGUCUGCAGAGCUCCAGGGGCAGUGCCUGCCACUGGGAGAUGGAGAGGCCGCUGCCAGGAGCCCUUCCUCAAGCUGCCUCUUCCCGUGUGAGGGCAGGGCUGCCUGCACAGCAGCCAGGGGGCUCAGGGAGGAGUGGGUUCUGAGAGCGCCGAGCCCUGCACUUGGUGCCACACUCCCUGGGUAUGCCUGGGAAAAUGGGUGCAGAGCUUUGAGUCCCUUCUGUGAGAUUUAGCUUAGAGAUAAAAUUGGUGCUUUAAUGUUUUAACUAACUGUUAGGUUUGCUCAGCUGCCUUGGAGAUAGUGAGCUCAGCCUGCUUUGCAGUGACCUACAGGAGACACUGGGUGCUUGAAACACUGGCAGGACAUGUGGCUGGGACAGGCAUCUACAUCUUCAGGAUAUAUUUGUAGUUACUUCUUCUCUGACGCUGGGCCAGCAAAGCUGCUCAGGGGUGCACCUGUGAAGAACCUUGAGAGGUGAGUUUGCUCUCCACAGUGCGAUCCUGCACCAUGGCACUGCAGGGACACCCUGUUCCAAAUGCACAACAGGGCAGGUGCAUUUCCUCUGGGCAAAUGCAAUCAAGGUGUUUGGAGCAAGAAGCUGCAGCUGCUGAGAGCCAGCUGAGCUCUCAGCCCUGCUAACCACAGGCUGGAAAACUGGGCGAUUCCAAAAGGGAGAGGGCUCAGAGCCAGUGCUUGAAAGCACAGCGAGACACACAGUGCGGGGUGGUUGACUGUGUCAGCUUCUCAAUCCACUGCUCAGAGGAAGCUUUUUUUCAUUGCACCACUGAGUUCCCAAGAUCCAGAGUGUCAGGUCAGCAUUUCCAUGGGCAGGUUUUAUUGGCUAUUCCAUAACUUUUGUACUCCCAGCAGCUCAUUGCAAGGCUGGUCCUUGCAUCCUCGCAGUGAGUCCUCCGUGCUGGCAGGUACCAUGGCCAGUAUGAGCAUCUCUCUGCAUCUUCCUCCCUGUCCGAAAUGCGACUGUAGAAGUAUUGGCCCAGGCAAUAAAUGUUCAGGGAGCCUGAUGCGGAUGUUGUCUGGCUGUGGAGAAGUCUUCUGGAGCACAAGGGGAGGGGAUGAGUCAGUGGAAAGCAACAGAAGUGGAUUUGCAGAGCUUUACCAGAUGUGCUUGGCUACCUUGCCUGAAUUUGUAGAACAAAACUGCUCUCUAGGUAGUUCAGUCUUGCGGCUGAUGGAGAAGUUAGUUUGCCAAAUUAUCAUAUAUCUGCAACAGAGACAGAAAAGCAGCAAUAAGGGGUUUGCUUACUGUAAAAUACACCUUCUGAUGUGAAUUCAUAGUGACAUGCUGCCUCCUGGAUUCCCCACAGCAAGAAGCUGGUCACGUGCCAAGGUGACUUGUGCCCACCCAGGCCGGGCUGUGCUGUCUGCUGUGUUAACCAUAGAAAGGCAAGAAAUUAGAACAGAAAGUGACGUAGAGUGUGAACUUUGUGAUAAAAUUCAAGUGUGAACAGUUGUAGUGGGUGUGUCCCCUGUGGGAGCACCUCGUAGCCGUAGUUCCGUAGGAGUGAACUUUGUCAGACUGUUCCUGUGGCUGUCCCUGCGUGUGCCUGCAGUGUUUGUCAGAGGAUCCCUGGGAGCCUCCUGUGCAGUGAGAAGUUGCUGGUAGUCUGUAGCCUUGGGCUUGUUUGGUUUCACACCCACCACUGCUCCCUCAGUGUUCUGAGCUCUCCAAACUGAACGUGCACACUGCUGAGCCUGGAGAUUUCCCUGCAUGGGCAGGCACGUGCCAGGCAGAUGCUAGUGGCAAGGGCAUACAUCUGCUGACCUUGGAAUCUCCUCUUCUGUGGGGCCCUGAGAUCUCCUGGGGGGAGGGAAAUCAGGAUGUGGUGCCUGCAGAGCUGGCUGGUCCCAUGUUGGCCCUCACCUCCCUGCUGCCCCCAGGGUGACAUAGGGUCUGUCUCCCCAGAUGUGCCCGUGGCCUCUCCCACGACAGCCCCAGGAGCCCAGAGAGGUGUUCCCACUCCUCCUGAAGGGCAGGCACGUCUUGCUACAUGCGGAUAAUUACCUCAGCCUUGGAGCCUUGACUAACAGCCGGGAAUCCCUGCCAGCAGUGGGAAUCCCGGCAGGGCAGCCCAGCGGUGCUGGUGUCAGUCAUCCCGAGCCAGAUCCCCCUGGCUGUGGUGCAGGGAGGAGGGGAGGCUGCUCCCCUGCUCACAAACGAGCUCAAUGAGGUGCUGCUCAGUUCAUUCACCACAGGGAAAACAAACACUUUGGAUAUUCUGGUCAUUUGUUACAAAAUUGUUUCCUAACAGCAACAGAUUUAAAUGUCAUCAUGCAAAAGGCAGAGAAGAACCUUUUAUGCAGUUGCAAAGUGGUUUUCUAAGAUGGUUGGGUUAUUGAAAGUGAUUUUACUGUGCAUUAAUCUUAUGAAUGUUACUAUGUUUUAUAUUUAUUUUAGAUGACCCUCCUGUAUUUUACAAAGGGAAGUUUCAUUCUGUGAUAACUCAGUCUGUAUUCUUAAUAUAAUUUGUUAAAUGAAACUUGUUUUAAUCAGUUUA